UGAAGACGCAGAAGGUUCCAGUCGGACGUGUUAUUGAGCAGUAACUUCCGGUCGCUGACUAGCUAGCAGAAGGUGAAAGUGGCUCGUGUUUGAUUUAUUAGAAUCGUUCGUCUCGUCUCGAGUCUUCAGUCACAAACUUCCGGCGGAGGACGAGUCGUCACGUCGGGCGACGAUGCGCCGCGUCAGCUGCGUUCAAGCCGGACAUGAGGAGCGAGCGGCUCGCGGACGUUAGCGCAGCAGCUAACCGGCUAGUCCCGGUGCCCGAGCCGGAGGUUCCUCCCGCCGCCGCCGCCGCCGCCGGGCUCCCGAGGCACCACUGCCCCGUUUCGUGUGGACGCUGGGGCCGCGGUGAACAGUUUAAUGGGAGGCGGGUCGACGAGGAGACACUGCGGGCGUCAGCUGCGAGCGAAGCGGGGGCGCGGAUGGAGUCUCUGGCCGGGUACGUGUACAAGGCCGCCGGCGAGGGCCGCGUCCUGACCCUGGCCGCGCUGCUGCUCAACCACUGCGAGGCGGAGACCCGCUUCCUGCUGAGCUACGUGACGCAGCUGUCCGGGCAGCGCUCCACGCCGCUCAUCAUCGCGGCCCGCAACGGACACGACAAGGUGGUGCGGCUGCUGCUGGACCACUACCGGGUGGACACGGAGCAGACCGGCACGGUCCGCUUCGACGGGUACGUCAUAGAUGGAGCGACCGCCCUGUGGUGCGCCGCCGGAGCGGGACACUUUGAGGUGGUGCGCCUGCUGGUGAGUCACCAUGCCAACGUCAACCACACCACCAUCACCAACUCCACGCCGCUGCGCGCUGCCUGCUUCGACGGGCGUCUGGACAUCGUGCGGUACCUGGUGGAGCACCGCGCCGACAUCAGCAUCACCAACAAGUACAACAACACCUGCCUGAUGAUCGCCGCCUACAAGGGCCACGCCGACGUGGUCAAGUUCCUGCUGGAGCAGUCCGCCGACCCAAACGCCAAGGCGCACUGCGGCGCCACCGCCCUGCACUUCGCGGCCGAGGCGGGACACCUGGAGAUCGUGAAUGAGCUGGUGCGCUGCCAGGCGGCCAUGGUGGUGAACGGACACGGCAUGACGCCGCUGAAGGUCGCCGCGGAGAGCUGCAAGGCUGACGUGGUGGAGCUGCUGCUGGCGCACGCCGACUGCGACGCCAGCAGCCGCAUCGAGGCCCUGGAGCUGCUGGGCGCCUCGUUCGCCAACGAUCGGGAGAACUACGACAUCCAGAAGACGUACCAGUACCUGCACACGGCCAUGAGCGAGCGCUACCGCGACCCGGAGAACGUCAUCGCCAAGGAGCUGCUGCCGCCCGUCGAGGCCUACGGUGGGCGCAGAGAGUGCCGUACGCCCCGAGACCUGGAGGCCAUCCGGGUGGACCGCGACGCUCUGCACAUGGAGGGGCUGAUGAUCCGGGAGCGCAUCCUGGGCUCAGACAACAUCGACGUGUCGCACCCCAUCAUCUACCGCGGCGCCGUCUACGCCGACAACAUGGAGUUUGAGCAGUGCAUCAAACUGUGGCUUCACGCGCUCCGCCUGCGGCAGAAGGGAAACCGCAACACGCACAAGGACCUGCUGCGCUUCGCCCAGGUCUUCUCGCAGAUGGUGCACCUGAAGGAGCAGGUGACGGCUGCCGCCGUGGAGCAGGUGCUGUGCUGCAGCGUGCUGGAGAUCCAGCGCAGCAUGACCCGGGUGGAGGCGGCCGCAGAGGCGGAGCUGCCACAGGCGCUGGACAACUACGAGUCCAACGUCUUCACCUUCCUGUACCUCGCCUGCAUCUCCACCAAGACCAGCUGCAGCGACGACGGCGAGCGCGCUCGCAUCAACAAGCACAUCUACGACCUGAUCCAGCUGGACCCGCGCUCACGCGAGGGCUCCUCGCUGCUGCACCUCGCCAUCAGCUCCACCACGCCGGUCGACGACUUCCACACCAACGACGUGUGCAGUUUCCCCAACGCGCAGGUCACCAAGCUGCUGCUGGACUGCGGCGCGCCGGUCAACGCCAUCGACCACGAGGGCAACACGCCGCUGCACGUCAUCGUCCAGUACAACCGUCCCAUCAGCGACUUCCUCACGCUGCACGCCAUCAUCAUCAGCCUGGUUGAGGCCGGCGCCCACACGGACCGCACCAACAAGCAGAAGAAGACGCCGCUGGACAAGAGCACCACGGGAGUGUCGGAGAUCCUGCUGAAGACUCAGAUGAAGAUGAGCCUCAAGUGCCUGGCGGCGCGCGCGGUCCGCCAGCACCAGAUCACGUACCGCAACCAGAUCCCCAAGACGCUGGAGGAGUUUGUGGAGUUCCACUGAGCGGGACGGACGCUUCAGAGACGCAAUGUGUUUUUCUAAUGAAUCCAAACGGUGCUGAGGACGACGGGACGGCGCCCAAAGAUUGUUUUAUAAAUUAAAAGAAUAGCGGGUCGCCACGGUCGCGUUCAGCCAGUGGUUCUGCUCCUGACGUGCUUGUCGCCGCUGCGGAACAAUGGUGCCGGCGCUGCUGCUGGUUUUGCCUUAUCUCCAUGGAGACGCCACGUCAGCGAGACUCUGUGACACGUGAUUGGACAAACGAAGGAGCCCGCCCCCCACAGAUCAUCUGUCACAUGAUUUAUUUUAAUAUGAAGGCCGGAGUUUCUACUAACCAGAUUUGUAGUUGGUCGUAUUUUAAACGCAGGUUAUUUUAACGGGUGUGUUGGUGAAGAAAAUAUUUUGUUUCAAUUUAACCAAAUCUAAUGUGCCCCAAAGUAUGUGGACUCCCCCUGAAAACAAACUUUCAGCCUCUUGGUUUUAUUGAAUGGGAAUUUUUAUAUUCCGUGUGUGUAAUAUUUUAAGUCUCAUGAUCAUGUCUCUUUUAAAACGACAUGAGUGCAGAUUAUCUUGUUUUUCACAAAUCAUGUGACAUGUUUUCAGUUUUUUAAGAUCAUGUCGCAGACGGGUCGAGGUCGUCCCCGUCCUGCUUCGAGUUUAUGAAUUAUGAUUUUAGAAAAAUUCUCAGACAUUUUAGACGAUUCAUUUUUUUUAUACUAAGAAAAAAGCUAUGUGGUUUCCACAGGACGACGGGAUUCACUGUGGACUGUAAAUAAAGAUGGACGCCGCGUCUCCACCUUUCAUGCUGUUGUAGAAAAAAUUAAGUGGAAUUAUCUUUUGAAUAAUGCGAAAAAGAGGAUUUGGCUUCACUUGUCGUCCGUCUUUUAUUUACAGUCUAUUUUCACGUGUCCACAUACUUUUGGCCGUAUAGUGUCCAGUUUCCAGUCAUGAAAAAAAUAUGAGAACCAUAUUUUUCCAGAACACGGUGCCUGUAGAUCGUCAAAUACAAGCUUUUAUUUUGAAUCAUGUCUAACAGGAUGAUGUUAUUAUUAUUAUUUUAAAUUUUUUUAAAUAAACGGUGAGAUUGAGGACGAUGAUGUCACAUGGUUCACAUGUUCCCUCAGUUCUGCCACUGCUUCAGCUUUCUCAUCAUGUCUUUUUAAAUCGGACCCUUUAGGAUCCAGGUUCAGGAUCCAGAUCCGGUUGUGGUUGUGGUUGGAUCCAGAUCCUCAACGCUCCGGUCCUGUGGUGCUUCAUCAUGAUUUAAAAGUCUUUGAGGCAUGAAGCAUGACUCUUGUUACGAUCAAUGAAUCUGUUGAUGAUUAUUUUUCUCAGUCAAUUGUUUGAUCUGUAAAAAUGCAGAGGAAAAAAAAAAAGCUUGUUCCAACAACCCGAA